AUGGAUGCUGCGGCCGGUGAGCUAAACGCUACGUACAUUACCUUGGGCGGGCACGUAGAGCUGCACAGGUACAGGUUUCUGUACUUCGCCGUCAUGUUCGUCGUGUACGUUCUGAUCAUCUGCAGUAACUCCGCCAUCUUGGGCCUCAUCUGGGUCCAGAAGAGCCUCCACGAGCCCAUGUACGUCUUCAUCGCGGCCUUGCUCUUCAACUCGCUCCUCUUCAGCGCCACCAUCUACCCGAAACUCCUGGCGGACUUUCUGUCCGACGAGCAGACCACGUCUCUGUCUCUGUGCAAUCUGCAGAGCUUCACCUACUACUCCCUGUGCGGCGCCGAGUUCCUGCUGCUGUCGGCCAUGGCGUACGACCGGUACGUGUCCAUAUGCAGGCCCCUGCAGUACCAGGCCACCAUGAGGACGCCCACCGUGGCCGCCCUGCUGGCUCUGGCGUGGCUCCUGCCCGCCUGUCAGCUCGUGCCGUCGCUUUUCAUCAGCAGGGGCUACAAGCUGUGCCACUCGACUCUAAACGGGAUUUUCUGCAACAACGCCAUCUCCCGGCUUUUCUGCAUGGACUCCAGAGCGCCGUACAUCACGUACGGCGCGUUCAUCGCGCUGAACACCAUCGUUUUGCCCAUGCUUUUCAUCCUGUUCACCUACACAAAGAUACUGAUCAUUUCCUUAAGAGGCUCUGGACAUAUGAGGAGGAAAGCGGCGAAGACGUGUUCCCCUCACCUGCUGGUCCUGAUCAGCUUCUCCUGCCUGUGUUCGUACGACGUCGUCGUGGCCCGGCUGGAGGUCGACCUGGACAGGACGGCGCGGUUCGUCAUGACUUUGCAGGUGGUGUUGUAUCAUCCCCUCUUCAACCCCGUCAUCUACGGCUUGAAGAUGGAAAAAAUCCACAGACUCCUCAGAAUGGUUUUGUGUCACGACAAACGCAAGGUGGACGUCUGA